AUGCCCGACUUCACUGAUAAACUUCGUCCAAGCCAACCAGAUGGACCCACAACUCUUGCUCGAGAACGACAGCAGUCCAAAAUCUCAGUGGAUGAGUUAAGCCGACACUUGUUAUCGUCAGAUGGAUUCUUAGAGCGCCAGGCUCGAGUUCUGCCAAUCUUGCAGCGAGAGCCAAUGCUCUCAAAAGAGAAACAACAGAACCUGUCCCGCCCAGAGCGAUUCAAGCUAGGGCUUGCAAGAGCCAAGCUGCUGCGUCGAUUGACCGAUCAACAUCAGUGGAGCCAUGAAGACUACAAAAUGGCCGAGUACCUGGUCGAUGAUGUCUCCCCGUACUUUCUGCAUAUGGAGAUGUUUGUCACCACUAUCCGUGAGCAAGCCAGCGAAGCACAGCGUGCAUACUGGCUGCCCUUGAUUGAGGAAUGGAAAAUUAUUGGCGCUUACGGUCAGACAGAGCUUGGGCAUGGCAGCAACGUCCGAGGCUUGGAGCUAGAGGCGCGCUGGGAUAGCCGCACCAAGGAGUUUGUGCUGCAUAGCCCCACGCUUACAGCAAGCAAAUGGUGGAACGGGAGCCUGGGUAGAAUUGCCAAUCAUUCAAUCGUGGUUGCACAGCUUCUCCUUCCCAAGCCAGGCUCACCGGAUCAGUAUGUAUCUCAUGGUCCUCAUCCCUUCAUUGUGCAAGUGCGUGAUAUGAAGACCCACCAGCCACUGGACGGGGUGGUGAUCGGAGAUAUCGGUCCUAAAUAUGGCUACGUUACUAUGGAUAAUGCGUACAUGCUAUUUGAUAACUUCCGGAUUCCCCACUCUGCCAUGCUGUGCCGAUACUCCAGUGUCAAUCCCGAGACCGGUGCUUAUACAAAGCCCGAGCAACCUGCUCUGGUGUACGGUUCACUGACAUAUGUCCGUGCAAAUAUUGUACAUCACGCCAGGCUUGUGCUAGCACGCGCUGUUACUGUUGCGGUACGGUAUACUGCCAUCCGACGGCAGUUCCAAGACCGAGAUAGCGAUAAAAGUGGACCAGAGAUGUCCGUCCUCGAUUAUCCCACGGUGCAGAUUCGUAUUUUACCCUUGCUUGCGACUACAUUUGCCCUUCAUUACACUGGAUUGGCUAUGCGCUCGGUUUAUCAAACCACGCGGAAUGAUGUCGAGCAAGGUGAUUUUCGCUCUCUAGCUCACAUGCACAGCAUGUCUUCCGGGCUCAAGAGUUUGUGCACUAUGCUGGCCGCGGAUGGUAUUGAAACAUGUCGUCGUGCAUUGGGCGGACAUGGAUUCGGUGGGGGAAGUGGAUUGAUUCAACUGAACAAUGACUAUCUUUCUAAGCCAACUGUCGAAGGCGAUAACUGGAUGAUCACCCAGCAAGUUGCGGCGUAUUUGAUCAAGAAAAUGACGGCAGCUGCAAAGUCCCCCAACACCCCUGGUGCUGAUAAGACUGAAGCUGGAUUUAAGGAUUUCAUUCGGAACAAACAGAGCGCCGGCCAACGCCAAUCUGUCCAUGAUGUCUUGAACAGAGACCAAGACAUUGUCAAAAGCUUUGGAUUGCGGGCUACUGCUCUUGCCUAUGACGUUUAUGAGCAGCGAGUAUUGAAGAAGCAGAGCUGGAACAAUCUCCUUAUUCAACUGCACAAACUCAGCAAAGCACAAUCCCAGUCAAUUCUAGUCGCCACUUUCUAUGAAGCCCUAUCAACAGACAAUACCCUUCCCAACUCUAGCAAAGACAUAAUGUGGGACCUGUAUCGACUCUUUGCACUGCACACUAUGGAGAAUGAAGGUUAUGAAUUCUUCCGCUGCAACGCCGUGUCUCAAGCCGAUCUCAACAACCUUCCCGCUCGCGUCCAAGAUCUGAUGGCGCGCAUCCGACCCCAUGCCGUGAAGCUGGUUGAUUCAUGGAUGAUUCCUGACUACCUCCUGGACAGUGCGCUCGGACGAUAUGAUGGCCGUGUGUACGAGGAUCUCUACAAUAGAGCCCAUCGGUUGAAUCCUCUUAAUUCCAUCACGUUCAAUCCGAACUACUGGGAGGAAGAGAUUGUGAAGGGAAGCGGUGACAACGGGUCGGGUAUACUGUCAAAAUUGUAA